ACCAAGCGCUCCCGAGUUUUGCUGCCCGCCCGCCGUGCCAUGCGUCCUACCUCGCUGGGAAAGCAGGGAAAGAACUCCGCGAUAUCCUCGAGCUGAGGUAUCGUGCUUAUUAUCCCUAUCCUGAGUAAUUAAAAACACAACCAUCCGGCGCUGACAUCUGCCCUUUUCCCCGAGGUUAAAUCACUCCAAGAGGAAUUCAGCUGCAAAAACUGGAGAGUCCCGCGGCGCGGCGGCACUCCUUGUGACUUCGGACUAGCAGGGCCCCGAACCUCCACUGCUGCUGUUAAAUGCUGAAGUAGCUGAAUUAAGAAAAAGCCUGCCCCGCUCGGGCCGUCUGGCCGGAGGGGAGGCGCGGGGGUGCUGCUCGUCACAAGUUGGAGGGAUUCCCUUUUACCUACAGAGAAGGCUGCAACAGGCGGAGCUAGCGCGGCUUGUGCAAUCGACCACUACCUCUCUGGCCACUCGGCUUCAGCCGAGGCUCCCAGCUGCCUCGGGAAGCCCACCUCCCAGCGAGGCUCCGCUUCCUUCCCUUGUAGACCUGGCUCGAGGGGGGGACGGCCGGACGCUGCCCAGAACACAGCGAGGGAAAGCCCCGCCGGCGAAGCAGUACGGGCGGCUGCAGCCACGCUGGAGGUCCGCGAAAAACCAGCAGCCCGCCGGGCACGGCCUGUCAGCCAUGAGACGGCUCUUACUAGUGAUUAUCCUGGCUGCUGGUGUGAUGUCUAUUAUCCUGCACUGCAAUCUAUGGAGGACAAAUGACAAUUGGUCACCCCAUAUAGAUGUAGAAAGAAAGGAAGAACUAAUAGCUUGUGCUUUCAAAUCCAAUAUUUCGGUCUUACUGAAUGUAAAUAAAUUAUAUCCUUUCCUGUGCGCUGAAAAUUUUCUGAAAGUGUCAGAGUUGCAUGGAAGUCACAGGAUUGAACUACCUUAUGGAAUAAAGAGAGCAGAAAGGUAUUUUCAACUGGCACUUUCAAGAUUGCCACACUGUGAGCUGUUUGGUGAAGAUGAUGGUUCCCUUUGCAAAAAAUGUGUUGUUGUUGGCAAUGGAGGUGUCCUACGAAACAAGCGUCUAGGAGAGACCAUUGACUCCUAUGAUGUGAUAAUCAGAAUGAAUAACGGCCCUGUUAUCGGCUAUGAGGAAGAUGUUGGAAGGAGGACAACGUUCCGGCUUUUUUAUCCUGAAUCCGUUUUUUCAGAUCCAGUUCACCAUGAUCCUAACACAACUGCAGUUCUUGUUGUCUUCAAACCUCAUGAUUUAAAAUGGCUUUGGGACGUCAUAAGUGGACUGGGUUUAAUUAGAACGAGUGGCUUUUGGAAAAAACCAGCGAUGAGACUGAUAUAUUCCCUAAACCAGAUCAGAAUCCUUGAUCCAGCCAUUACCAAAAGAGCAGCCCAUGAAUGGCUUCAUUUGCCCACAAGGUUUACCAAACAAGAAAAACCAAAGCAUCCCACGACAGGGUUGAUUGCUAUUACUUUUGCAUUACAUAUGUGCAAUGAAGUCCACCUGGCAGGCUUCAAGUACAACUUCACUGACCGAAACAGCGCCUUACACUAUUAUGGCAAUGACACUAUGUCUCUGAUGAUUCAGAAUGGGUACCAUGAUAUUGUUGCUGAACAAAGGCUUUUGAAGGAACUCAUAGACCAGAACAUUGUGAUCAACUUAACAGAAGAAUAAGAAUGGAAGAACAAGUACAGUCUUUGCCAAUAUUGAGUUUUUGUGUGUUUUUUUUAUUUGGGACUGUUUUUAAUGUUUAUAGGGGUCAAGAUAUUUAAGAAGAAGCAUAUGGAAGCCAUACCAUGCAUGUCUCCCAAGUGUAAUAAAUGUAGCAGAAUGUCCCUGCCGUGACUGUUAAUAUUUGAAUGGCAAGAACCAAUGCACUUAACUGAAUAUGUUAACUGACAAGAAAACAGACUGUUCAGUAACUAGUUUGUGUUUCUGAUUGGUCAUAAUCUGAUUAUUAGUUAACCCCCCAGGCCUUUGGAAACUUUCCGUCCCAUUGUUCAGAUAGGAGAACAGAUAGAAGGGUUAGAGAAAUUAAAGCACAUUGGGCCUCUGAAUGAAGAGAGCACUGUAGGGUAGAAUAUUAUUAUUAUUUAUUUCAUUUCUAUACCGCCCGUAGCCAAAGCUCUCUGGGUAGUUUACAACAGGUAUCAUGCAUUUUGUUUAGAAGAUGGCAGAGUGCAGUAACAUUUCCAAAAAGCCAACGCCUCCAUGACCUGAGAGAGCCAAAGUGGUGAAGCAGUUAGAGUAUCAUCUGGGAGCCCCAGAUUCAGAUCCCCCCCCCCUUGCUAUGUAAGCUCGCAGUGUGUCCUUGAACUAAUUGGUCUCUUUGAACCUAACCUACCUUACAGGGUGAUGAUUGUGAGGAUAAAAUGGAGGAGGGAAAAAUGUUAUAAGCUCCCUUGGGUCCCAUUAUGGAGAAAAGGUGGAUAUAAGUAUAUGUACUAGCAUCUCUGUUGCUUGCUCUAAAGCAAAUGGAAAUAACAUUGAUGGCCAGAUGCUAAUAAUCUGAAUCUUUUCUCAUUAAAAGUUCAUAUUACAGAAACAGAUUCCAUCUUUAUUAACAAAACUGCAGAUAAAGCAGUUGAGUUUCUGCAAUAUAAUGGUCUGCUAACACUUUCUAAUUGCUCUAAAACGGCUACAUUUUUUCUGUUUUGUUCAGGUCAGUAUCAUUAGGUAGUUUAUUUUUUUUAUAGCUUUCUUCAUUUACUCUAGGGAGCUUUGGGUGGUGUGCAUGGUUCUUUCUAUUUUAUCCUCACAAUAAUCCUUUGAGGUAGGUUAGGUCAAAAGAAUGUAACUGGCCCGGGUCACCUAGUGUGUGUUUCUGCAUGAAUGUGUUAAUGCAGAACUUUCCAAGAGGCUGCAGUAGUUGCUGAAAACAUACUCUGGAGGCCCCAGAACAUGUAGUUUUUAACGUUUGCAAUACCUAGGAUGUUAAUUGCAAGCAGCUAAUAGUUAAUAACAUUAUGAGAAUAGGUAAUCAUCUGAUCUGGUUUUGUGUGUUAAGAGAAAGCACCCCACCCCGGUUCUGUGCUGCAAUCAUGUGUCAGCACAAGGCUGAAGUUAGUUCCAGGGAAAGCUGAGAUGAUGUUUAAAUGUUGAACCGUUGGCGUAAUUUAUCUUCAUAUUUCCAUACCUGCUGUCAAAUUUUAAUUGGGAUAUAAAAUUAAUAAAACCUAUACUGUGAUAUUGCCCCAGAUAAAAUCUAAUAAAUAGAUAUUAACAGCUUCAAAGCAGGAGAAAAUUUGACCCACUCAGUGCCCUACAGCUGACUCUCUUUGUUGCUCCUAUCUGGUUGGUGUCCCAGGCCAGGCAACCAAAGAACUGCAACUACAGUAUGGAGGGUUAGCCAGACUUCGAUCUUUGGAGCUGUUCAAGGACCAAGAGACCUAAUGUUGUAUUUCAAUGGAUAUUUGUAUUACAGAAAGUUAAGCGUACUUGAUAGUAUUAUGCAGUGUUAAGAACAAAAUAUUGACCCAUAUUGCACUGUUUCAUGGCUAUGCUGAUUUCUGUGAGGGGAGAGCUUUGAAAUUCAGGUGAUCUUUAAAAUCAUAUUCUUGGGUAUAUGGAUUAAUGUGAUAGUGCCAAAAUAACCAGUCUGACCACAGAAUUCUUACUAAAGCUUCACUCAGAAUUUUUGCAUAAGUGCUGCGACUUUUUCUUUUCUCUCUGUCCUUGCUUCCCAGGUUAAGUGCAGCAGUUAAAAGAACAGUAUGACAUUGUGUAUAAUCUUCGGCUGCUGAUUGUCAAGGGACAGAAAAACCAUAUUUCAAACGAAGGACACUCUGGGUCUGGAUAAUUAACAUUUCCCAAGAAAGUAUUGUGAAGGAUCUAGAUGCCAGUUUACUUUAUGGCAGGGCUCAUUAGAUUUUAACAGCUAUAUAACAGGCACGUCAAUCUUGCCCUUCUCUGGGCAAGAUGACUUCCUGGCGGCCGACUGCACAUGUGCCAGAACGGGCGCACAGGCGCAAAAAGGGCUCCAAUGUCGACUCUUCGACCCGGUGCCAAACAGACGGCUUCUCUGCCGGGCCUCCCCUCCUGCAAUGGCGGCCGCGUGUGAGGCGCAGCCGCGCUAUAACAGGCAAAAAUCUUUUUUAGUACUGAGAGGCCUUGAUUUGUGGUGGUGAAGGGAAAACUUCAUCAGCUGAUUUCUACCUGUUUCACACACACACCCCGCCCCAGCCCCGGCAGGAAAAUUGUUACAAUUCAUGUGGGAAUUGUAGCUCAUGGUUUGGCUCCUAAGCCUUGCUCUCUGUUUAUGUUCUUCCAUAAUAGAGGUGGUCAUCUACUGAACACCCCCUCCCCUGGCACUUGCUCCUUUUCAGUUCACUGAAAGAUGCUUUUCCUCCAUGAAUGGAAGCUCCCAGUAGAGGACUGGCUCCAUGACAGAGAAGAAUAUAGUGAAAGUAGAAGGCAAGCCUAAGAUCCAAGCCAUUCCUCCAGUUCCCUUCUGUGAGACACCCAGUAUAUAAGACAACAUUGAACAGAUGAAAUCUUUCUAGUCUUAGAGAAAGUCUUAUGGGCAAAUUUCCACUUUAAUUUCUGCAUGUCAACUUCUGCCCAGGUAUGAAGCCAAUAAAAAAGCAGUAUCCGCACACUGGUCAGCCCUUCAUCUUACAGGAUCGUAUUCGGAAAAGCUAGGUGAAUAAAGAAUUCUUACAUGUGUAGACUUGUUGAAUUUAUUUAAAUAUUAAAUGCUGUUUCUGAAAUGACCCUUAAUUUGUAUCCCGUAGUAGGGUAUUUCAGAGAACACUUCCUGCAAACAUGUGACUUGUGCAGUACCCACAUAGACGCUCUGCUCACAAAUGCAAUAGAGUGCUCAGUGUAGGUAACUCAAAUAUCACAGUGCUACUUUCAAGGGAAGGUGAUUCGAAAUUUGAGAGUAGCUCCUGGGUCAAUUUUAUUUUCAGUUUUUAUCCCAGUUUUCCAAUUAAGUGUAACACUUUUUAUGGAAUAUUCUAGCAUUUCUUAAUAGGGUUUAGCCAUUUUUAUUUAUUACAUUUUUGGCACUCCCAUGUUAAAUACUGGGAGAGAGCACAGUGCCAUUGCCAUCUUGGGUCAAUAGGGCAUGUGGAUAUUUUUCAGCUUUGAUUUGUUUUAUCAGAGACCCCAGCUUUAACCCAACUUUGUUGAAUUUGCGCUUACCAAAGAUUAAAAUACUGGUGGUGCUCCGUUCAUGCACAGUGGUGAUUGCAGGAGACAAACAAGGUAGGAGCACAAAAAAAGUAAUGGCUGAAAAGGGCAAUCUUCAUAACAUUUCAUAGAUCAAUACGCAACCAUAAUAUCAUAAUACGCAACAUAUAUAUCAAAUAAAAAAUAAAGACUCAAACCCGAGUCUAUAUAUGAGAACCAUAUAUCACAAAUGCCCUGAGCUCAAAGAUUGUCUUGAAUACUUUAUCAGAAUUGAUAGCUUUAUAUUCAGAUGACCAUCUCAUUGAUUCAUGGGUGAGAAAAACCCAGAUACUUAUGCAACAGUAAUAAAGAUUAGAAAACAGCUGUUUCAUCUUAAAAGUACCUCAAAAAUUCCCAAGGAAGAAGAGGGGAAAAGCCAAAUUGUGCCAUAAAUUCUUCUCUUCUAGUUCUUUCAACCUCUUUUGGUAUAAUUCCAGUUCUUGUAUAUUGAUGUGUAUUGAAUUCGUAUGGUUUUUGUAAUUUGAUAUAUAUAAUUUUUGAAAUUUAAUAUAUAUAAUUAUUACGGUUGUUGUACACUGAUCUAUGUGAAUGUAUGAAGAUUGCUAGGAUAUGUUUUUUUCAUGCUUAUUAUUUAGAAUCCUCUUUGUUUUCGCGUUCGUUAUACAGAUUUCUUAGAGGAUCUGCUUUUUUUGUACACCCCUGAUAGCCAGGAGAAAGAUGAGAAAGAUAUGGGGAAAGCAGAAAAGAGAAAUCUGUGGGGAAAUGACCCACAUUUUAUCAAAAAAAAACUAUUGACAUGAUACCAACAUAGCCAUUCUUACCUUUAAAAUGACUCUUACUUACUUUGUACAUAUGCAUAACUGCAUUUAUAUGCCAAAUUUAUGUCUUGACAUUAAAACACAGCACUGAUUGUUAGAAAGUUUGUUGACCUAUCUAUUCAUGGAUGACUGCCUGAAUGUACGUUUCAAGUCUUGUCUGUCAGUCGUCUUGUACUGCAAAGUUAUCAUUUUGCUAUUCCGAGCCACUCUCUUGAAUUCUGCUUUUUAUUUCAGUACAAUUAUGCAAGUAAUCUCAGGAGUAAUAUGUAGUAUGACUCUGCUGGGUUUUUUCAUUCCUCCAGAUUUAGAAACAUUUCAGAAGGUUUAUUUCAGUCCCCAUCCUGAGCCCUAUUUCAGAAUGGUGCUUUCUAGGAUUCAUGGUGAGCUGCAGCACAUGACCUGGGACAGGGGUCUGCAACCUGCAGCUCUCCAGAUGUUAAUGGACUACAAUUCCCAUCAGGGGCUGGUGGGAAUUGUAGUCCAUGAACAUCUGGAGAGUAGCAGGUUGCAGACCCCUGCCCUGGGAUAACGAAAGGAGUUAUUGCACCAAAACUGGUUUUAUUUUUAAUCUAAACAUCACUGAAGCCAACUAAAUAAGUAACAUUUGACUUUACUGGUUUUAAGUGUGGGCUUUAAGAGAUGGAUUAAACUGUCUUCUAGAAAAAUCCUGAAUGUGUGAAAAAAAAUUCUGCAUUUCAGACUUUCAGUCUUGAAUUGUUUUCUGGACUAAUAUUCAAUUAGUGCAUGUCAAGCAAACAUAAGUGUCAGUUAAAAUGUGUUAGCCCCAGUCUGGAGAGAGGAAAAAACGAACGUGAUUAUUAUCUAGUACUGUCAGUCCUCAAAAGUUGCCUUAAUUUUCUUAAUGUUUAACAUUCUCUGUGUUUGUGAGUACGCUUUCUGUAAAUUUAUGUGGAAAAUAUAUCUUGAUAAAUGUAAAUAACUGCGGCACUUCAGUUUUUUGUAUGUUGUCUGUGGACCCAAAUUUGUGGCCCCAUUAUUGUUUGUUUAAAGUUAUGAAUGUAGAGACCUAUUUUUUCUAUAAUAAAACUAUAAAAUGGUG